GUUAACUUGUAGCAAAAUUGACUUGUUAUACUUUUUUCAUUUUUAUAUAACAUAUAACUGGAUAGUCAGUAAUUGAAAAAUGAAGAAUUGGUUCUCUUUGUACAAAUGAACUCUGAUUUCUUAGUAAAUGAAAACAGGGUUUUUAAAGCUCAGCAUACAUGACACUAAUGAGGUUCCAGGUCAUGCUUUAAUUACUACAUUGGUCAUCUAGGUCUACUCUGUUUCAUCACCCAAAACUACCUUACCUCAAACAGCUCUCUUCUUUGGAUGGAGUGGAAAAAAGUUUGCCAGUACAAAUCUCUUUGUUUAAUAAUAAAAGAUAUUUUAUAUGUUAGUGCUAUUGGUUAUCAUAGAUAUUCCUUAAAGAAGUAAUUUUGUAUAUGGUUCUGGCAUUUGUGAGUCUCAGGAGAUUUGGAUGAUCUUUUUUUGCUAUUUGCUGUGUGACCCUUGGCAAGUCACUUCCUUCUAUGAGCCUGUUUUCUCCUCUAUAAAAUGAGACUAUAUUAGGACAAGGGGUCUUAAUAUGCCUCACUUCAACCUCUAAUGAUAGAUUUCAGGAGGUCUGUGAACUUGGACAGAAAUCAUUAAUUCAAUUAAUUAAAUAUAUAAAAAUUAUAUUCUGAGAAAUGGGUCCAUGGGUUUCACCAGAUAGUCAAAAGGGUCCAUGUACCAAAAUAUUUAAAGAUCUCUGCAGAAGAUUAUUGAUCUCUAAUAUUUCCCCCACUUCUAAGUUUCUUUGAGCUUGUGAUUCUAUGACCUGUGCCAUUUCUUUGCUUAAAAUUAUUAAAAAUGAAGCUGUUGUUCUGUCAUAAUAGUUUAACUAAAAAUUAUUUUCCAGCCAGCAGUUUCUUGGAGCAUUGUGAAUGGUCUCCUCAACAUUCGUUCUCUAGGUAGCCUGAAGAGUGUUUGCUUAAAAUCUCACGGAACUAUAGUAGGUGUAUGAUGCAAAACCCCUGCUUACUUACCCAGAUCCAUUUUUCAUCUACACUUUUCUUUUUACAUCUACUUUCUUUUUAUGCUUCUGUUUUCAUUAGUGAUGUGCAAAGAAAACAAAUAAGACUGAGCUCUUUACUGCCUUUUAAUGUUCCCUUGACUGCUAUCUGCAUUACUACAAAAAAGAUCAGUGUGCAAAGGGGGUGUUGACCUAGGACAAACUAUUAAGAGUGCUAUUGGCUCUUCUAGCAGAAAGGACAUGCAGGUUAUCAUCCUUUUUUAUUUUCUUUAAAAAAAUUUUAUUGAUUUGUUUUUACAUGACCUUCAUAGCUCAGUAUAUCCAUCUCCUCUCCCACACAGAGUCAUCCCUUAUAACCAAGAUUAAAAAGAGAGGGAGAAAAAGGACUUUAGCCAGACUAACCAACCCAUAAAUUAAACCAUAUUUCUCUUUUCUACUUCCUUUGUCCCCCAAAUCUGCCAAUAAGAGAUGGAGACAUAUUUUCAUGUUCUUCUUCAUGCAUAUGUUGACCAAGGGUUAAUGCUGCUGCAGGUCAGUGAUGUUAAUUCAGGGGUGGUGUGACCAUUUAGAACUCUGGGUGGCUGGGGGCUGGUAACCCAGGAUUCCAAUUUACCCCUGCCUUAGUAAUAGUAGUAGUAGUGGUAGUCUGUCGGUAAGGGAGGAUGACGAUUGUCUUUGUGCGUUUUCAUCUAUUUAUCUCUUAAGGAAAGGAAGAAUGUUGAUGGUCUCCCUUCUCUUUUUGCCCCCAGUCAUCUGGUUUUGGGGGGGGGUGUUAGCUAGACAGGGUUGGAUAGAUAGGCUGAUGAACGCCUUUGCCACCUCCAGCCAUGAGUGGUCUAAUAGUUAUAUAGCCUAGUUUGAAAUAGAGUCACUUGAAUUGAUGCACUCAGGUGAUGCCAUGUCAGCUAAAGUGGUCACACAUCCAUACCACAUUUGUUUAACAAAUCAGAAACCCAUAAUUCUCUGUGAUAGAAAUCAUUAAAAUUAUGCCUAGAAAUCCUGCAUUGUCAGCAGUAUUUCCUGAAGUCUGAUUAGAAAUUCAUUCAUUUCUCAUUUUCUUGCUUAGGAAUUAGCAGUUUCCAGAGACACUUGCAUUUUCUCAGCCCUCGAGGAGGGAGUUCAGAAGUUUGCUCUGCCACUGAGACGUUGGCUGUGAAAAGGCGGAGAUUUCAGCCUCCAAUGCCGUGCCUUUAGUAUGUGAGAGAGCCUAUCAUAUUCCACUCUAGUGCUUCCUCUGUAAUCCAAGCAAUAGCCACGCAGCCUGUUUUAUUGUUUGUAGAGUCGUUCUGUGGAUCCCCUCCUUUGCGUAGAGGGGAGGAAUAAGAGAGAGGACAAGUGGGAGGGUUGAUGAUUGAGUUGUACCAGUGCGAAGGAAGGAGCGGACGGACCGGAGCACUUUGAUUUUUCUCCAGUAACCUGUUUGGGUGGGAGAACUAUUGCCUUUGUGAGAGAUCGGCAAGCCGGCACCCUAAGUUAAAACUGAGUCUUUAUUCCCCAGAGCCAGGAGGAGUUACUUCCUUAUGCAACAGCAGGCUGGAUUUCAGUCCCUGGGGGAGAAAGAUGCCUGGGAGAGGAAUAAGAUUACAGUCUUGGAGGCUAGGUGCACAAGGAGCAAAUGGGGGUGCUUUGGGGCUUUACUGCACAGAGUCCUAACAAGUUUAUCUGAAACCAAGAUCCUGCUUCAUUUGGAUUGUUUUUCUUUUCUUCUGUUGUAUUUGGCUGUGGACGAAACAUCCUUGAGGGAGAGGACUUGGGAAGAUCAUAUCAACUUUGUGACCCAGUACCAAAGUGUGACUAGUUCAAACACAGUGUUGCUCUUUACUCUUUUUCCUGGAUACCCCUUUCAGACUCGGCCUCCCACUCCCUCCUCUCAUUCUUUUAAAGGAAUGGCCAGAAGUAACCCUUUUGGAUUUUGCACUGAAUAUUGCUUAACUGGUGGGAAGGUGAGGAGAGCAUUUUGUUAAAGGACCAGGAGCCACUUUUUGAAAGACAGCUUUUUGUUAGGGCUGAUUUUUGUGUAUAGUAAAUUCUGAUGUAAAGAAGAUGAAAAAGGAAUGUGCUUCAGGUUCCUUCAGACUCAAGCCAAACUCAGGUUCUCUCUCACGUGCUGUAAGCUGGAUAAAUUUCUCCUCCUUGUCCAAGCAGACAAAGAGGUUGUUUCGCAGUGAUGGGGAGCUCUCAAUAUGUGGGCAGCAGGUAGAAGAUGAUGAUGAAAAUUGGAUCUACAGAACUCAGCACAGAAAAGCUGUCUCCAAUUUAGAUGAAGAGAGUAGAUGGACAGUUCAUUACACAGCACCAUGGCAUCAGCAGGAGAAUGUGUUCCUACCCACCACAAGGCCACCCUGUGUGGAAGACUUGCAUCGACAAGCCAAGCUGAACCUCAAAUCAGUACUGAGAGAAUGUGACAAACUGAGGAGAGAUGGUUAUCGAAGCUCUCAGUACUACUCUCAGGGACCUACUUUCUCUAAAUCCAGCUUGGCCUGUGACACCUACAAAGAUGAAGAUGAAGAAAGUGAUCAGAAGUGUUCCAUCUCUUCCUCAGAGGAAGAAAAACUCAUUGCUACCAGGAGAGCCAGAACUCCCACUUCAAAUGAUUUAUCUGAUAUCAACACGCAGACAAAUUGGACCAAGUCACUUCCCCUGCCAACACCAGAGGAAAAGAUGAGACAGCAAGCACAAACAGUCCAGACAGAUGUGGUUCCUAUUAAUGUAACUGGGGAGAAUUUCGACCGCCAAGCCAGCCUUCGGCGGUCUCUAAUUUACACAGACACUGUUGUAAGACGGCCGAAGAAAGUCAAAAGGAGAAAGACUAUUACAGGAAUCCCUGACAUCAUACAAAAGGAGCUAGCUACUGGCACUAGCCAGAAUGACUUCCGUGGUCACUCGAUGUAUGUCCCCGACCACUACUCCACACUAGGAAGGCUUGACAACUAUCGACCCGCCGUUCAGCGUUCUGAAACCAGGGACUCUAGUUGUCAGACUGAUGAAGUAAAAGUUGUGCCCCCUUCCAUGAGAAGAAUCAGGGCACAAAAGGGGCAAGGUAUUGCUGCCCAGAUGAGCCAGUUCUCCGUCUCAUCAGGGAACAUGUCAGUGAUGAGCGAUUCUGCAGGUGUUGUGUUUCCUCCACGCUUCCACAGUGAUGUGGGUUUCCAUAGCCUUCCUCGUCCUGGAACAAGGUUGUCCCUUCAACCUCUUGAGUCACCCCAGGCUGUUGAGAACCCUGCAGAGGACUUGGCUGGCAUUCUCGCCUACCAGAUGGGUAAGCUGCAAGUUGAUGAAAACUUUGAGCAUGCGAGAUGUAUCUCAACACCUGGGACAUUAUCGAGACCUAAAUCAGAAGAGUUGAGACAUUAUGAAAGUGAAAAAACAAGCCCAGCCUGUAUUGUUUCUCCUCAUGCUGCCUACUCUACCAGCCUCAUAGCAAAUGCCACAAUUUCUUCAUCAUCAGAGGUUAUUGCUAUACACACAGUCCAGAAUACUGGACAGCUGGACAGCAGAAUCACCAGCUCAUCCCCUUAUGCCAGGAUGAUGAAGUCCAGAGACAAUCUUGCCACCAGCAGUGCCAUAAAAGAUGAUCAUCGGUCUUCCAGUGGUAACUGGAGCGAGAGUAGCUCGACACGACACUCACAGACCUCAGACACCAUUACCAGCAAUGUAGUCAUGAUGGCGUCCCUCUGUGACUCCGAUGCCUCUCUGAACACUCCAGGAAACAAGGAGAAUGGGUCCCGAAAUGUAGCCUACAACAGCAGAAACAACCUGAAUUUCCUAAGCCAUUCCCAAGACAGUGAUGGUAAGAGUGAGUCCAGUUACUCAGGUGACAGAGCACCUGGGGGCACAGAGCCCUGGGAAUAUAAAGCAUCAGGCAGUGAGAGGGCAUCCCCACACAAGUCACAUUGUAUUACUCCUGGCUACUCCACUCCUGCUAGUAACAUGAGCAGCAGUAGUUUAGACCAAGCCUCAGUCAAAGAGGAUGCAAAUUCUCUCUACUCAGUAGACCAUGAUGGCUACUACACUUCCAUGCACAUGGACUCUGGAAUCAAAUCAAGAAAUCGGUGCAAUAGCAGUGAUGGCUUUGGGAACCCCAGGCACAGUGUGAUUAAUGUUUUUGAUGGUAAAGCCCAGAAAAAUCAAGGUGACCAGUUGCAAAACUGUGAUAAAUCUCUGCCACGAAACAUCUCCUUAAAGAAAGCGAAGAAACCUCCCCUUCCCCCUUUCAGAACAGAUUCCCUUCGAAGGUCCCCCAAGAAAAAAACUCAACCCAAUGGGCAGGUGCUAAAUGAGACUCUGAUUGCUACCCUCCAACAUUCCCUACAACUGAAUCUGCAGAGGAAAGAUAGUAGUUCUCCUUCCCAGAGCCCCUGUAGCGAUUACGAAGAUCCAUGGCUCCUCCGUUCCCGUAGCCAGAGCACAGUCAGCACGAGCAGCAGCAUGGUGUCGGCCACAGCACCAAAUGUGUAUUCCCUUUGCGCGGUCACCCCAUCUCAGAGCGACACAAGCAGCGUCAAAUCAGAGUACGGAGAUCCUUGGGGUUACUACAUCGACUAUACUGGCGUACAAGAAGAUCAGGGGAAAUCCAGUGGCACAGGUCCACCUAAUGCUGUGACUCCAUUGUGUGAUCUUGCCACCAGCCAUCUCCAGGAUGGGUGCAGGGUGCCUGUCCCACAAGUGUCUAGUGGAUUGGCCAAACCAAAGAACGCUUCCCCAGAGAAGUCUCACAGGGUCACUUCCCCAUCUAGUGGCUAUUCCAGCCAAUCGAAUACCCCCACAGCGCUUACUCCAGUGCCUGUGUUUUUAAAAUCUAUCUCACCAGGAAAUGGGAAAUCAAAGUUGAAGCCCAAAGUGCCUGAAAGAAAAUCCUCCCUGAUAUCUUCAGUAUCUAUCUCUUCAUCUUCAACUUCCCUUUCUUCCAAUACUUCAACUGAAGGCAGUGUGAAUAUGAAGAAAUUAGAUUCAGCUGUAAGCACUCCUCCCAUUCCUCCUCUUUCCCCAGCAUCUGUACAUCCUCUUAAUCACUCCCCUCUCCCUCCUCCUCCUCCUUUAGCAGAUGCCUUGGAACUGUCCACUGUACAGCAUUCUCCCAUUUUUCCUCCUCCACCACCAGAAGUCCUUGCUUCUUCUUUUCUUCCAACGGAUACAUGCUUUCCUCUUCCCCCAGCAUCCUUCAGUAUGCCCAAUUCAACUGCUCCCUUGCCACCUCCUCCUUCAUCUCUCUUUCCCUCUUCUGUGCCUCCACCUGCUCCACCUCUUGACCCUAAGUUGAUGAAAGAAGCUUGGCCCUCUUUAAAAAAGUGUGGCCAACAGGAUUCUUCUUGUGCUGUACUUAAACCGUCUCUCACCAAGGAAGAAACCACUAAACCACCAAUGCCCCUAAUAACCACUAAAGCAUUACAGAUGGUACGGUUGAGGCCUGUGAACAAGCCCUCAGAAACAUCAGGAGCACAGCCAGGCAAACCAGCUUCUGAAACAGAAUCUCAGGAAAAUAAUUCUGUGGUGCCACAGGAUCCUUUAAAACCAUCUUCUGCCUUGAAACACAGAGGGAGCAUCAAUGGACUAGACAGCAGCAAAGCCCAAAAUGUCCCCGUUAAAAACACACCUCCAACUCCUGAGAAGGGCUCGUUUUGGGGUUGGCACAGCAGGACAGCUGAGCUUGCUGCUCUUCAAAGGCAUGGGGAUGCAGCUGAUCCUGCACCAUCCUCCGAAGCAUCCUUUUCAGGAACAAAUGCUGAGGAAGGAGGGCAGGUUUCUGGGCAGGACGAGGAAUCUCCUUCUGGCCUCAGGACUGCAUUGCUCCAGGAGCAGCCCAGCUCUCCAAAGAAGACACAUGGCUCUUCUUCACCCAGCAGGAAACCACCUCCUAUUUCAAAGAAACCCAAACUGUUCCUUGUCGUGCCACCUCCGCACAUAGAUUUCACAGCAGAGAAAACAACCAAAGUGAAUGAAAGUGUCAGCAGCCCAGCCAGGGGAGAAGUGGUUGAUGUGAAUGGCAAAGAGGCUCAAGAGAGCUUUGCUGCAGGACCUGGUUCUGCCGAGACAGACUUUGGCAGCUUGGUACCAGGGGGUGGAGCUGUGGGAUCCACCUUCCUUGCAGGAGUGGGAGCCGAUGUCUAUAUGGUACAGCCUGAUGUAUCACCAGCUCAAGGAGCUCCCAAGCAGGAGGAGCCAACCACUUCAGAUGAAGGCAGCAGGAUAGAGAGCACUGAAGACAGUGGUGGUAACGUGGGCAGUCCCCCCUCUCGAGAGGAUGGUAACAUUGGGGUAUUUGAGGCUGACAUGGUAUGUACCUCUCCUGGACCAUGCAGUAGCCUUAAGGAAGAUGGGGGUGAUGAGGUGACAACUCCAAGUAGACCCAGAACUACAGAAGACCUUUUUGCAGCUAUCCACAGGUCUAAGAGGAAAGUCCUUGGCCGAAAGGAUUCUGAUGAUGAUCAUUCCCGAAACCAUUCUCCAUCACCUCCAGUGACACCCACUGGGGCUGCCCCCAGCCUGGCUUCCCUUAAGCAAGCAGGAUCCAUCCAGAGAAGCAUUCGUAAGAGUAGUACUAGCAGUGAUAACUUCAAAGCUCUGCUGCUGAAAAAGGGGAGCCGGACAGAUGCCAGCUCUCGAAUGUCAGCGGCUGAGAUGCUGAAGAAUACAGACCCAAGGUUUCACAGAUCCAAGUCGGAGUCCUCGUCAGACACCCCUGACAGCCCCUCAAGCUGUUCUCCAAACAAGAACAGGAGGGCCCAGGAGGAGUGGGCCAAGAAUGAAGGCCUGAUGCCAAGGAGUCUGUCCUUCUCUGGCACCAGGUAUGGCCGGAGCCGGACACCGCCUUCUGCUGCAAGUAGCAGGUACAGCAUGAGGAACCGAAUUCAAAGCAGCCCCAUGACUGUCAUUUCUGAGGGAGAAGGGGAAGCAACAGAGCCCACAGAGAACAGACUCCAUCGGACUGCAGGAGUUGGAAGGGAAAAAGAAAUGGAUGGAUUUACUGGGAAUGAAAUGGACACUAGUGAUCUGCCAUAUUCUGAAGAGUGUGGCUCCAAGGGAGCUCAGGCUCCUAACCAUGUUGACUCCACAGAUAAGACAGCUAGUAAGACUCUAUCAGGACAAUGUAGAAGUUCUUUAAGGGAAGAGAGUUAGGCUCCAAGGAUGAAUGUACUUUCCCACUUAGUAUUCCACAUAUGCACAGGGGAUGAAGCAUAGUGAUCCCAGAUUGGUACCAUUCACUUUGCUGAGUUUUGGUUACAUCCCGUGUUUAUGCUAUGUGCCGGAUCAUUGCUGGCUCUACAUGGUAGAGGAAGGUCAUAUAGGACUUAGAAGGUAUCUGUACCUCUGGUUUAAAAGCUUAACUUCUGAAAGUCCUUCCUGGGGAAAAUUUUUCCUCGAUGCUGGGGAUAUAAGGGUAUAUCUGCAUUUGGGGAAAUUUUUUUUUAAUUGGUAAGAAAGUGUAGGAGGAAGGAGGUGUCAAUCUAUAUACACUAGAAGCGUUAGGGAAACAAGAAUGGUUGUUGCUUUUGAAGUAUAUUUAUCAAGUUUGGUGAGUUCCAUAAACAUGAAAAGGUCUACAGCUGGUGAGAGGUGGUGGCUUUGCUAAUUCUCGAACCAGACAAACGAUAUGAAUAUAUAUGCAUGUGUGCUUUUGAAUUUAAGCAUGUCAUGGUUAAUACAGAGAAGCUGGGAGAGGGCUGGAGUUAUUGGUUCAGGUACUUUUUUCUGGGAAAAGAAAGGUAGGUUUUUUGGUAAAAAUGACAAAAGUGUGUGAAAAUGGCACCACUAAAACUUGGUGUAUGCUGCAAUGCAGUCACCUACUCACAUAGCCAUCAACCUAAUUUUUAGAAGGUGAUGUGUUCUUAAAUGAAUUUCCUCCUUGAAUAGAAACUUAGACAACCUUGGAGAAAACUGAAAUGAUAGUGGUAAAAAAAAGAGGAAUCGGAGUAAGUGAUAUACUACUAAAGUUGGAAUUUUUGGUUUAUAAAUAAAAUUAUUUCCAAAAUUAAAUUUGAAAGCUUGCACUACAAAACUGUGGGUAGAGAUUUUCCUUUUAAAACUCUAUUUUUGCCAGAAUUUAUUUUCUAUUUGGCAGUUUCUCAUCACUUGAAAUGUCAACAUUUGGUAACUUGGUCAUACCAAAGAAUGUUAUGGCUGUUUCUUUCUAAGCUGCCUGAAGUAUUCUUUUUAAAACUUUCAUAAUAUAGAAGGAUCUACCUUAAUUGUCUUGUAUAUUAAAAAUGAUACUUGGAAGAAAAUGCUGAGUAGUUAGUUCUUAACAAAGGAAAAGUUGCUCAAAUUGGCUUGUCAAAUUGAGCUCUUGAGUCAUACUAGGAAAUUUUUAAAUUUAAAAACAAAAGACUUUACAUUAUUUGGCUUGUGCAGUUUUUAUAUUGUCUGUAAAUACCUGAGGUUGUUAAUUACAUUUUUAAUCUUCUCCAACUUAGAACUUAAGCAUUUUUAGUAUGUGGGGGGAAAGUAUGUAGCUUUAUUUAUUUUAGGGAAAUUUUUGUGACCCCUACCUCUUCCAUCCCCACCCCUCCUUUGAACUCCUCUGUUAGUCAUGUAAAUUAAGGUUCUACUAAUGCUUUCUUUUACCAGAGGGAUCCAAGAAGACAAUACUGUGAUACUUAGCUCGAAUAAAAUAAGGCAGCCAAUUGUUAUCUUUUCUUUCAUAUAAAAUUAUCUUCCUAGAUCUGCACUAAUAUUUUUUCAGUUCUCCAUCCAACAUCUCUACUCUAGGCACUUGAUAGUCACAGCAGGAAACACAGUAUAUCUUUGAGAACAGCCUGAAGGAUAUGUCAAGACUCCUUCCAUCUUUUGUAGAAUUAUUUCAUUUCAAAUUGGGAAACCAACAAGACCUGAUAUUAUUCAACAAUAGGAGCUCUUGAUGAUGUUUCUACAAUAGGCAGAAGGGUCCUGAAGCCUGAAUUCUGAGGCUAGUAGCAUUUCCUGUGUUCGAUCAAAUUUAAGCAAUCUUCUGUAAGGUCAGAAAUGUUUGAAUAUUGGAACUCACUACUCAAUCAAUAAGUUACCUACAUUGAAGGUAAAGUUGAUAACAGACCUCAUUAAAAGAUGAUCAGAUUUUUCUAAAAUUGUACAAAUACACUAUUUAAAUUUGCUUUAAUAAAAACAAAGUAAAGUAAUAUUUUAAAAUUUUCC